UGUGGAUAGUAUUUAAAGGAACCCGUUCCGUGAAAAGGGAGCAUAACAGCGUGUGUAUUGUGUUCACUUCUGCAUCUUCGAAAUCCAGAAGCCAUUAAUGCACUUUUUACAGCGUACGGAUCCAUCAGUUCUUCGAAAUCCAGACGCCAUUAACUCUCUGUCCCUCUCCCUCCUCUUCCUCCAUUUUUCUCUACUAACCCAGUUCUCCAUUUCCCACUUGGAACCCCACAAUUCCCCUCUCUGCAUCGUUUUCCUUCUCACCGCCGAGUAGGGUUUAUUUACUGCAACUGUUGAGCGUUUUUCUCCUUCCUAUUCCCGCCUACGCCUCGAUCCCACGGUUUCUGCGCUAUCCUGCAUGUAUAUACAGUACAGUAGGCAUUGCACCCGUCGGUGGAACCGAUAAACCCUAUUGUAUAGCCUAGAAGAUGAAUUCGACUGCAGAGUUUAGAUAGAAGAUGCCUCUAUCUUCAGUUUCAGAUCAUAGAAAGAGGUGAUAAAGAUAGUUUAACUGCCGGAACUCAUCUGUUAGAUCAGCCAGCGAAGGUUCUUAUUCGCCAAAAUGAUCAACAGACCACUUGUGCUCACUUACCUGUAUCUUUUCAUCUACAUUUUGCUAUCAUCUGGAGUUAUUUUGUACAACAAGUGGGUGCUCUCCCCAAAAUACUUCAAUUUUCCUUUGCCUAUUACCCUUACAAUGAUUCAUAUGGGCUUUUCUGGUGCUGUUGCAUUCUUUCUCGUUCGCGUGUUCAAGGUUGUAUCUCCAGUCAAAAUGACUUUUGAAAUAUAUGCAACAUGUGUCAUUCCAAUUAGCGCGUUUUUUGCAUCAAGUCUUUGGUUUGGUAACACUGCCUACUUACACAUAUCUGUGGCCUUCAUUCAGAUGCUUAAGGCUUUAAUGCCAGUAGCCACGUUUUUAAUGGCUGUUGUGUGUGGCACCGACAAGUUAAGGUGUGACGUUUUCUUCAACAUGUUGCUGGUCAGUGUUGGGGUUGUCGUUUCCUCAUAUGGAGAGAUUCAUUUUAAUGUAGUAGGUACAGUUUACCAGGUCACGGGUAUCUUUGCAGAAGCUCUUCGGCUGGUCUUGACGCAGGUCCUUCUGCAAAAGAAGGGCUUGACUCUAAAUCCUAUCACCAGCUUAUAUUACAUUGCUCCAUGCAGCUUUGUUUUCCUGUUUGUUCCUUGGUACUUGUUGGAGAAACCAAAUAUGCAAGUUACUCAAAUUCAGUUCAACUUCUGGAUCUUCUUUUCGAAUGCACUGUGUGCCUUGGCAUUGAACUUCUCUAUUUUUUUAGUAAUUGGAAGAACCGGAGCUGUUACUAUUCGAGUUGCUGGUGUUCUCAAAGACUGGAUACUAAUAGCACUCUCAACUGUUAUAUUUCCUGAAUCUACGAUAACAGGGUUGAAUAUCAUUGGCUAUGCAAUUGCAUUGUGUGGCGUCCUCAUGUAUAAUUACAUAAAGGUCAAGGAUGUUCGUGCAUCUCAGUUGUCUUCUGAAAGCAUUCCAGAGAGAAUGGUAAAGGACUGGAAGUUAGAGAAGAGAUCGUCAGAUAUAUUCACACCAAAUAGCAACAAUGGCAACGGCGGAAGUGGUUCGUCCGACAUGAAUGUCGAUGAAGAAGCACCGUUACUUGCAUCAAGGUUGUCACAUAGCGGUCGUAUGCAGGUUGGUAACCACAACAAGUAGAGUGGUAUAUAAAUAUGAACAUGAAUUGGUAGGAAGGAAGGAAAAAGAAGAGAGGAAAGAUGAGAAUUAUAUGAUGAAUCCAUUUGAAUUUGUGGGAAGUGAAGUGUUGUUACAUGGAAUAGAGAUGUUAUUGGGUUGGGAGUAUGGGGAAGUUGCUGUUAUGGGGGCUCGCUCUUGAUCUUGAUUUGAAUGUAAUAUCUUAGGACAAUUCUUUUAACCAACCAAGUCAUGCAAAUUUGUAUUUGUUGGAUGAACCAAACCUUUCUUCUUUAGGGGCACUAAGUAAUCUUUGCCGUCUUUGAUCCAUGAAAGGUUGUCUUUAUUUUCAGCAUUCAUUUCACAAUAAAGACCAAAGAUAGUCUUUGAUUAUGCAC